AUGCCUGUCCCCGCAACUCAGAGACAAAAGCAAACAGAAGGGUCUCAUGGCCAUAAUGGCGCAUUGAGCGAGUUGAUCAAUCGCCACCGGCCCGACUUGAAGCCCUUUGAGGAGAUUUACCGCCAUCUUCACAAACAACCCGAGCUAUCCGGGCAAGAAGAACAGACGGCCAGCAAAGCAGCAGACCACUUGAAAAGCCUGGACUUCGAAGUUCAUACCAAUAUCGGUGGUCAUGGAGUAGCCGGGGUCCUUUACAAUGGCGAUGGGCCUACUGUUCUAUUACGUGCGGACAUGGAUGCGCUCCCUUUAGAAGAGAGAACCGGACUACCCUAUGCCAGCACACAAUGGGUCAAAGGUCCAAAUGGGAAAAGCACCCCCGUCUCCCAUGCAUGUGGACAUGACUCGCACGUCACGGCUCUCAUGGCGGCAGCGACGCUCCUGCAUGCCGCGCGCAAACAAUGGGGCGGCACGCUGAUCUGCAUUUUCCAGCCGUCCGAGGAACAUCUGGAUGGGGCCCGUGCGAUGCUCGACGAUGGACUCUACGACAAGAUUCCCAAGCCGGAUGUUGUCCUGGCUCAGCAUGUCAUGAGGAUGAAAGCGGGCACUGUGUGUCUGAAAUCGGAUUCGCUUCUAACCGCAGCGGACUCUUUUGACGUGCGUAUUUUCGGACGUGGAGGGCAUGGCUCGGCGCCUCAAACUACUAUCGAUCCAAUUGUCAUUGGCGCGUCCAUUGUCAUGCGUCUUCAAACUAUUGUGUCACGCGAAGUCACUCCUGGUGAGUUGGCGGUCGUUUCGUGUGGGAGCAUCAAUGCCGGGCAUGGACCGAACAUCAUUCCCGAUCAUCUUGACAUGCAGUUGAAUGUGCGAACUCUCGAUGCUGGUGUGCGCGAGCGUGUUUGCGAUGCUAUCCACCGCAUCAUUGAAGCCGAGUGCUCGUCUGCUGGUGCUGUGGAGAAGCCCAAAAUUACGAAAACAUAUUCUUCACCGGCCACUGUCAAUGAUAAAGAUACUGUCGACGCUCUGCGGGCGACGUUUGAGCCGUACUUCAAGGAAAAGAUGGUCGGCAUGGAGCGCCCGACUGCUAGUGAGGACUUUUCCCUCCUGGCCACAGCUGCCGAUGCACCCUACGUCAUGUGGAUGUUUGGUGGUAUUGAUGCCGAGACUUGGGAUGAGGCUGUUGCCAAUGAGAAGGUGGAUGAGCUGCCCAGCAACCACUCUCCCUAUUUUGCCCCGGCUAUUCAACCUACACUGCAGACAGGUGUGGAUGCGUUGGCCCUCGGCGCUUUGACUCUUCUGAGUACGAAAUGA